AUGGGAGAGCCGGACUUCAUACAUUUCAUGCCUAUUGACGAAAACGACCGUCUGACUGCCACAAUAAACGAUACACUGUUUUCCACUUCGCAGAUCCCCGAGAUGGACGAUGCUCAUAUGGCAGCUCUGUUGCAAGCUUUCACAAAUGAUGACUCGGAUAACUUUACUACUGAGGUAUCGCGAAGGGUCGAUUCUUUCUCCUGUGAACCCCUUCUUCAAAGUAUCAAUCCUUCUUGUCUUCUACUUUCAAAUCCCUCAGACUCCGAGAUGUCUACAUCGGAUGACAUUGUUUUCUCAAACGAACCAUCUUCGGGCGACAGUACCAUCGGCUCUUCUGUCUCUCCCGACCCGACAGAUAAAGGCGUCCUUGUCAGCACGCUUCCUAUCCAAACCUGUACCGCAAAGGACCGGUUUACGGUCAUGAAUACCUGCACUGCUACGCCGCCUACUCCUGCCGUCAGCAUGCCGUCUGAGUAUCAGCAGUUGGGGAAUCCAGGGGAGAGUCAUCCACAAAACAUUCAAUCGCAACAAAUGUUCCCUCAGUCAUUCUACUCUCAGCCUGUGUACGCUCAGCCUAUGUACACCCCGCAUAUGUACACUCAGCCUAUAUAUCCUCCAUCCGGGCCUGAACUUUCGGCACAGCCGAACAUGACCAUGGCGCCCGUCUAUUCCAUGGAUUACAACUGCAACAUGCCGCCAUAUGGAUUUAUCCCAUCUCAUUACCAGCAUACCUAUCAGAUGGCACCUCCAAUGGGGCCCCUGGUGGACCAACAGCAGCUCUUUGUUGAGCCUGCGCCUAUCGCUCCGUCUAUCGCUCCACCUUCAAAGCGCGUAAACCCUGCACAGCACACCGUGCCAGCCUCAAACACUCGGGUUUUCGACUUCAGCAACACCACAUGUCCAGGGGAGUUCGUCGCCAACCCCAACAACCACGGCCGAUGGGAGUACGACCGCCAUGGCCAGCGCCGCUAUCUCAACGCACCCGCCGUCAAGCGUCUUAGUGGGAAGAAGUAA